GCCCGCGGGCGCGUCGCGUUGGGUGUGAGCGAGACAGAGGCUUGCGCAUGCGCCGUGGGGUUGGAGGGAGGCGGAAAGUGUCCGGGCCGCCAUGGAGAGCCUCGCCACGUUGAGCGCGGCGAUCCUCACGCCGCGAUGCCACGAGCAGCUGUUCGUGCGACUGAAUCUACUCGACGUGCCCUGCCUCAAGAUCCUCAUCAGCAAAUGUCUGGGCAUGGGCAUCAUCGCCGGCUCCGUCAUGGUGAAGCUGCCGCAGAUCAUGAAGGUGACGCGGGCGCGUAGCGCGGCCGGGCUCAGCUUCCCGGCGGUGCUCACCGAGCUGUUCGCCAUCUCGGGCACCAUGGCCUACAGCAUCGCCAACGGCUUUCCCUUCAGUGCGUGGGGGGAGGCGCUCUUCCUCAUGCUGCAGACCGUCUCCAUCGGAUUCCUCAUCCAGCACUACGGGGGACGGACUGGCAGGGGAUUGGCGUUCGUGGCCGUGUACGCCGCCGCGCUGCAGCUGCUGCUGUCGUCGCUGACGCCGCCGUCCUUCGUCACCUUAAUGCAGGCGCUCAACAUGCCGGCCAUCAUCUUCAGCAAGCUGCUGCAGGUGGCCACCAACUACAGGAACGGCCACACAGGGCAGCUGUCGGCCAUCACCGUGUUCCUGCUGCUGGGCGGCUCCCUUGCCCGCAUCUUCACCUCCUUGCAGGAGACGGGCGACCGCCUGCUGGUGGUCACGUACAUCGUGGCCUCCCUGUGCAACGGCACGCUGGCCGCCCAGCUCCUCUACUACUGGAACGCGGGGCCUGGCGGCGCGGUGACCCCCGCCAAGAAGCGGCACUAGCUGCCGCCAAUCCCCGACAGCUUCCCCUCCACAGCCCCAACCCUCAACCCUCAGCCGUGUUGUGUGGGAAACGUGUUUUGGGGCAGGUGGGGCUGUUUGGCAGGUGAUUGAAGGGUUUUAAUCCGUAUUGAAUGUGACGAGGUGCGAGGCGGCGGUGCCUGCUGGGGGUGGGGUGCGGCUCUCUUGCGACCCGGCGCUGCGGCAAUUGGUUGGGAGGGGGGGGGGUAGCGAGGGCGCGAGUCUCCGUCCAGGUGAGGUGAUACGGCGCGUCACCCCGCGGAAUCCUGCCUAAACUCAAACUAGACUAUGAACUGUUUUUUAUAAGGCCCACUGAGCUGUGUAGCUCCUGGCCGCGGGCGAUUGCCCCACGAAGUGGCUUAUCGUCAUCGGGUGGAAAUUUCUAGCGGAUAAAAUACUCUGAAAUGCACGGCCUUGAUUCUAAAUCUGGGAUGAAAAACCGGAGGAUGCGGAGGAAAAUUCACGCGGCCACGGGGAGAGAGAGACAUGCAAACUCCAAAUAUACAGGUGUCAAAGUUGGAAACGAACCCAACGACCUCCUGUAUACCAGGCGAGAGAGAUAACAUCUCGCCACUGUGGCACAAGCCUGGAUUAGGCCACUACGCAACGAUCUGACCACAUUUGUGUGCUUAAGAACCCUCCACCACCGGCCACGGCCAAGCAAAUUAAAUUUCCACGCGGCGUACGAGCGUUUAAACGAUGUGCCGGUUAUUUUUUUUAAUUUCUUCGGCUCGCUCACCUUGGGCGAGUCGAUGGGGAAUUCCCGCGAGCAAAUCUAACGGCGAUUAAGACGCGGCGACGUUUCGCUUGAAACCGCGUCGGGGGUCCCAUCCGGACAGGAUCGAGGCAGUCGGAAUAAAAAUCCAGGAAGCACCAUCGGAACAUCGCUGCACGUGGCCAGGAGGGGCACUCAACGACGUGAGUGUACGUCAGUUUUUUCUUCCGAUUGCGUUUCGAUGACGUACACGAGCCGGCAUGGAAUCGGAAGGAAAACUAAAAUAAAGUAACUUUAUUGGUUCCGAGGAUCCCACAAGGCCACGCGGGAGGCCAGUGUGGCACGGCUUGGCGCCAGCCAUCGUAGAGUGAGGCGGCCGUGUCGCUACGGUUCUCUGCGGCGAGUACCAACAACGUCUUUACAGGCAGUGGCGCUACUACACCGCUCUGUAUAAAAUGAAGGCCGAGCCGCUUGCGCGUUGCGAGGUUCAGCGGUGAACGGGACACCCACCCUGCGGCUUGCAGGUGCCUCGGAAUGGGAGAGGGGUAACUGUAACGUAUGCAGUUGUCUUUGGCGGUUUGGAAGGGAAGCGGUGAGUGGAAGCUCAGAUGUACACAAUUUCGGUGGAAUAAAAUGACAUUGUUUA